UGAUAGUGCAGUUCUCUCAGGCACGAGCGCUCCAGACUCGAAUCUAUCGAAUUACAGGGUUUCAUUUCGACGGCCACGGAAGGAAUGCUAUUUCAGUUAGUGUCUCUCUGUCGUCGAAUGCAGAACUAAGAAGAGGAAACGAAGAAAUGUAUAUACAGUGUGUACAAGCAUGCUGUAUUUGAAAAUAACCUCACAAACUAGGUAACCCAGUGGCUAACUACAGGAAACUGGCAGAGAUCAUUCGUGCCUGAAAAACAAAAUCUUUAUUCUUUGGCUCCAUAUUCGUAAAAAUAUAGCUCCCAAAGAUGUACUUAUUACUGCUGCUUAUGCUUAUUUUUCAAGAAGCCAAUGGCAUCUCUACGUCGGAUGCAGCCCGUCAACUGAAGAAAAAACUGACCGACGGUUACUACGAGGAUACUCUGCCCUCAGAACAAAUGAAGGUCGAGAUUAACACAUUUUCCAUCUUGGACUUCACAAUGAAUGAACGUGACCACUCAGUCGAAAUUUAUGCAGCAGUAGGCAUGUCAUGGACCGACCCAAAGUUGACAUGGAAUCCUUCGGAACACUCAGGAAUCAAUAAACUUGGGUAUAAGCCAUGGAAGGUCUGGUCUCCAGACUUUGCUGUUGAAAAUGUAAAUAGACGUUAUGACAAAUUCCUAUGGUCAUAUGACCCUAUCCAAGUGACAUCUGAUGGAAAGGUCACCUACACACCUGUUGAGUUCUACCGUUACACUUGCUUAUUUGACAUGACCUACUGGCCGCAUGAUACCCACAACUGCUCUCUUGUGAUUAAGUCGUGGAAUCACGGAAAAGAAAACCUAGACUUCGACAUCAAGGUGACUCCAACGAUCGACCUAACCACCCGAAGCACCGCAACGGGCGAGAACAUCAAGGACUGGGAUAUAUCGAAUGUUCAAGUUACAAAGACCACGUCCAAAUACCCUUGUUGCACAGACCCAUUCACAGACUUGCGUUUCUCCAUGAUCUUCACGAGGCGGGGCCCCGCCUUUACAUGGACAGUGAAAGUCCCCGUCGUCUGCCUUGUUCUCCUGACGAUGGGCAUCUUCCUGCUGCCUCCUGACGCGGGUGAAAAGUUCAUGUUAGGCGGUUUCAUCUUCUUCAUUGCUGGCCUUUUCUUGGCCACCACAGUGCAGAUCAUAUCGGCUUCGCCUUCACACACACCACUCCUAGUUCAAAUGGCGGCACAGCAGCUCCUGCUAUCGGCCCUCAGUAUGCUGCUAACCAUUGGAGUGUUCAGGAUUUCCAAGACCCCGCACUCCACGGGCAUUCCCGCGUUUUUGAAGGGCCCUACGCUUGGGCUUUCUCGCUUACUCCUGCUGGGAAACUAUACUGAUCUUGUGUCAAGUUCUCACAAGAGCUUUACCUGGACGCUGCAGGGAGACCAAGUUGAACUGGCUGACGACAGCCCAGCUGCAAUUCGGGAGCGGGAGAGGUGUGAGUGGGUGUUACUCGGAGCCCUUAUAGAUCGUCUGCUGUUUAUCCUUUACAUGGCUAUUGCACUUAUUUCUUUCAUUCGGUUUAGUAGUGUUCUGUAAUCUGUGACAGGCAGAGAGAGAGAGAGAGAGAGAGAGAGAGAGAGAGAGAGAGAAUUGAGAAUUCCAGAUCUGACACACUCAUGUUUAGUUACGAAAAAAACUGCUAUGUGCAUUGAUGUAACGGAGGUCAAAUAUUGCACUUUGAUAAAAAAGCAAAUAAAACAAGGCUAACAGCAAAAGGUCCUCCAAGUGAAUAACACCAGUCUACGAUAAAUACGAACAAUGGAAAGACGAUAGCUUCAAUAUAACACCAGAAUGUCCCAUAAUAAACAUCGUCAAAAAUAAAUGACUCAGAAGUGCAAAUUUCCGUUCCUCUCCAAAGAGAGAACUUUUAGAGAAUGUAAAAAAUUCGAUGAUGUUCCCUAGCUUGGUAAAUAGCUGACAAUAUUAAGGGAAACUCUGAAGGACUGGAAUAUCCCUACUAAGAAAAAACAUGUAAUUCCCGACAAAACAGAAACUCAAAAGGAGAGAAGUUAAUAGUUUCAGAACAAUUGGAACCAAUUUCAGCUAACUCUUCUGCGUUUGAAGUACCUGUGCUGAUUUUCAAAAUAUUCUACAAAAGUAUGGAAACGAGGCCACAUUACUAGGAUCAAAGCCAUUGCUUCGUACUUUAAAAAAGGACGAGCUAAUACGAGCUGGUUUCCUAUAGGUGACAAUCCUGAAACGAUUAUUUCUGUGCUAUAGUAUCUUGUUUUUAUUCUAGUAGUUAGGAAAUGUAGCUGUCAGAGUAUGCCCUUGUAACAAUGGUUUCAUCACGACAUCACCAAGGAAUGCUAUUGAAUUGAAUACAUUGCCUUCUGAGUCAAAAACAAAAUAUGCAAUGGUUUUGUGUACUGUAUACCGAAAUAACAAGGAAUAUGGUAUUACUGGAUGCAAACAUUAUGCUUACUUUGAAAUCUAUAAGCGUGAAGAAUGAAGGAAGAAAUGUUCGAAACUGUGAUGUCACAGAUAAUCUUAGUUAAAAUAAGAAUAAAAAGAAACUGAAGUUUAACUUCAAGACACGCUCGCAACCGGAAUAAAUCCAAAUUCCAAUCAGUAGUUUAUUGCACAGAACAUAGAAACUGAAUGUAUUAUCACCAAGAAGGAAUACCACAUGGAAUUUGCAGAGGCCACUUGAAGCAACGAUACCGUGACGAAAAAUUGCUAGUAGCAGUCAGGCCAUCUAAGGAUGGCAAUGGUAAAGUGAUGGAAGAUGAAGAAUCGAUGGCUCAAGCAAAAAAUAUAUAAUUUUGUUUAAAGAAUUUUUGAAAAUAAAACGCAUCUUUGUUGAAAGUAAAGUUAUGUCCCACUGGAAUUCGCUAACAAUUUAGCGUUAAGGGAGAAGGCGCCAAAUGUUCAAAAGUAAGCCAUCCAAGGCAAAAGAAGUGUGCAGGGUAGCAGCUUUUAAUUUCGCAUAGUUAUGGGUAAAGAAUAUAUUAGGACCAAAAUUUUAUAGUGUAUUCUUAAUUAUAUAUACAACUUUGACGUUAAGUCUGCAAAUACUUCAUAACCCAAAGAGUUAUAUAUUCCAAAUAAAUUUCAGUUUUACAUUA